UAAAAAAAAUAGGUUGGUCCCAUUCAAAAGAAAAAUAAUAGGUUGGUGGACUGGUGGUAUUGGAAUUGGCUUUGAACAGUGGAAGAGAAAAGCUCCAAACGAAGAUGACAGUCUGGUUUUCCUUUGGUUGGCAUCAUCUGAACGACUGAACGUCAUCCCAUACCCAUCUUUCUAUUUUCAAAUAAAAUAAAAUAAGACUGAAAAGGAAAAAAAGUACUCUGUCCGUGAAACUGAAACUUUGUGCGAAGAAAUGCAUAUUGAGUUUGAGAAGAAAGAGGAGACAUUUAUAUGAACACGACUCACUUAUCCUUACGAAUUUAGUUUUACCUCUGUUUCAUGCUUCCCUGAUCCUUUCACCAUCUAGUAAAAUUUGCUCUUUUGGAACCUGGAAGCCUUGCAGCUCAAAAUCAACAGGAGAUUUUCUUGAUUUUUGGUUGUGGAAAUUCUGGAACCCUACUGGGAUGCCAAGCUUCGUUUCACAAAAACCAGCUUCCAAUCCUAUGGGAACAGAAGGGAACACUACACAUAACCCUCUUAUAUCUGACUUUGGGGUGCUUGAACAACAUCUUAAUUAUCGUACUGCAGAUGGUGCCAUUGCCUGUCAAAGGCCCCUAUCGAACUCAACAUUUGGAACAAACCCAUCAUUGGGUGUUGUUGAUGUGUCUGGAGCACUGAACAAGAAUCUUGCUACUUUAAGCACAAUAGCAGUACAGUCACACCAAGCUGGCAGUUCUCAUAAUGAGAAUUGGGGAGAGUCGCAUAUGGCCGAUUCCUGUUCUCGCACUGAUACUUCUACAGAUAUGGAUGCAGAUGAUAGAAAUCAAGGGCUUGAGAACGGUGGUCAAUCUUUGGCUGUUAUAGCGUACGAUUCCAGUGACAAGUCAAAAGGAAAAGACUUGGAUCAGAAGACAUUGAGAAGACUUGCACAAAACCGUGAAGCUGCACGUAAAAGCCGGUUGAGGAAGAAAGCAUAUGUACAACAGCUGGAGAAUAGUAGGAUUAAGUUAACACAAUUAGAACAAGAGCUUCAGCGGUCACGUCAACAGGGGACAUUCAUUUCAAGCAAAGUUGGUAAUCAAUCUCAUGGAGGAGGCACUAACGCAGGGGCUUUAGCAUUUGAUGUAGAAUAUGGACAGUGGUUGGAAGAGCAUAAGAGACGUAUUAAUGAAUUAAGGACAGCUGUCAAUUCACAUGCAACUGAUACUGAGCUCCGAACAAUUUGUGACAAUGUCAAGACACACUUUGAUGAAAUUUUCAAGAUGAAAGUAAAUGCAACCAAAGCUGAUGUAUUCCAUGUAUUAUCAGGGAUGUGGAAAACACCUGCCGAGCGGUGUUUUAUGUGGAUCGGUGGCUUUCGUCCUUCUGAGCUUCUUAAGCUUCUAGUGAAUCAUUUGGAGCCUCUAACGGAGCAGCAAACAGAAGGCAUAAACAACUUGCAGCAAUCAUCUAUUGACACAGAAGAUGCUCUUUCCCAUGGACUGGAUGCAUUGCAGCAAUCUCUUGCUGAAACUUUGGCUAAAGGAACUUCAGCAGCCCCUUCAUCAGGAGGUAAUGUUGCUAACUACAUGGGCCAAAUGGCUGUGGCCAUGGGAAAAUUAGGCACUCUUGAAGGUUUCGUUCACCAGGCAGAUAAGUUGAGGCAACAGAUAUUGCAGCAAUUGCACAGGAUAUUAACAACACAGCAAUCGGCACGAUCCCUUCUGGUCAUACAUGACUAUUCCUCUCGCCUCCGAGCUCUUAGUUCUCUUUGGCUUGCAAGGCCACGUGAGUGAUAUGAUCAACCCCAGACAUAAGCUCUGCUAAAGCAUAAGUCUUCUUGUGGUGGGGCCUGAACGCUCCAUACGAGCCUCACGUCAAAGCCCCGCUAGUAAAGAUGGGGGUGUCUCCUGCUUCUAUGCAUGUGCAUGUAGAAAUGCAAUGUAUGAUUUUUUUGUCGCUACUCUUAGUUUCAUCACAUAUUCACCUAUGCAUGUAACAAAUAUUGAUGUUGUGAAUGAUGUGAUGUUAGGAGAAACCUUUGUCAGCAUCUCUUUUCGCGGAAACAAAUGUCUAAAAAAUGAAAAGUUUAUGCGCGUGAAGAAACAUUUCUGGCGAAUGAAG